AUGCACAGACAACCCAGCCACCAAGAUGGUCAACGCCAAGACAGCCACUUCAACAACAGAAUUCAAAUACUGUGGGGUAUGGUCAAGAUAGUCAGACUGCAGGUGUAUUUAGUACGAGUUUACUGGUUGGUUCAAACGUUGAAGUCAUUAACGGCACUGACGCCAUUUUGCAGUGUAAUGUAACCGUUGAUAGCCUCUCACCAGAAAUAACAUGGUUGCGAGGCCCUGUACAUGGAUCAGCAUGUCCAAUCAUUACUUUCGACCAGUAUGGCCAGCAUCACUAUGAUCCGUACGACAGACACUCGUUUAUCAACAAUAGUUCUCUUCUAAUUAAUACAACUGUAAGCAAUGACACUGAUACAUAUUGGUGUGAAGUACAAAGUGCUGGAAUUACUUUAUUUUACGAUUCCUUAUAUCUCUCAGUAGUAGUUGUACCGAAAGAAGCCCGGAUUUUGAUGCCUGCGACGGUGAUAGAAAAUGACACUAUGGUUGAGAUGACGUGUUUUACAUCGAAUACAGUUGGUGUUGAAUAUAGUUGGUUUGUAGAUGGUCAUCACAUUAACAAAUCCGAAGAUCAUGUGAUAUUUGAUGACAAAACAUUGAUGUUCAUUAUGGUAACGAGAUAUAACACUGGACAAUAUAAUUGUUGUGUUCAUAAUAUUGCAGGUGAUGUAUGCAGCGAUACCGAAAUGUUAGAGGUAUUAUACCUUCCAGAUUAUCCAUGGCCAGCGUGUCAUGUUGCAGAAGGUCAUUAUUUGGAAGUCGGGGAAACUAUAGUUAUCACAUGUCAAGCAACAGAUGGUAAUCCAAAUCCUUCUUUGACAUGGUUUAAUGGUAUUAACCCUAUGGAUAUAUGUAAUGUGGAAUAUAUUGGUGAACCAACAGUUACAACUAGUACAUGCGAAUGGAUAUUAAAAUCAGAAGACAAUGGACAAAUUUAUAUAUGCAAUAGUACACAUGAUGCAACAGACGAAAUCACAUCAUAUUCUCCAUUCAUAGUGAACGUCGAUCUGAAAAGGUAUCAACAGAAAAAUGACAAAGAGAUUGCACAACUAACAUGUCAAGUAAGCAGUAAUCCAGCUGCAAAUAUAACGUGGUUUAAUUCUUUUUUUGAUCCAAUUAUCAAUACAACCAAAACACAAAUAUUAGACUGGACGGUCGACACUAACACUACAAGCAUGUUGACAAUCUAUGAUGUAACUGAAAUGGACUAUGGAGAAUACAUAUGCUAUGCGACCAAUGUUAUUGGAGACAUUGAAUUGAUUAUAAUAUUAGAUGGACCACCAGAUCAGGAUAGAAACACAGUGACAUAUAACCGACCGGCAUGUAACCAGUCAGCACCUGCUAAUGUAAGAAAGUUACAUGAAAUAACACGUCAUCAAAAGAAGCAAGAUAUAAAUGACGAUGCAUUUAUGAUGAAAGAAUUCAAUGUGUAUCAAGGAGACUUUGCUGAUAAGUGA